AAACAAGUAAUUUCUUCACAAAAUACCCGCCGACCAGUUGUUGUAAUUUCUAAUCACGUUCGUAGCGAAGAAGAUGAUAAUUUUCACAAAAUGCCAAUAGUUUUUCUUUUAUCUCAAUAAUAUUUCCCUAAAUUCAUUCAUUGAAAUCAUAUCAAUUUGCCCCAUUCGUUUCGUGGUGAAAUAUCAUCAGUUGAGAGAUCAAAUUUGUUAUUGUUUUAUUUUUUGUUCUUUGUCAAAAUGAUUAUGUUGAAUUCUUGGAGAAAAACAGUAAUUUUUCUUUGCCCUUUUGUUCUAAUUUUUUUUUCAUUCAUAAAAUGAACCACUUGCAAACCAAUCAAAUAGAAUUUAUCAAAUCCACGUGUGUGAUAUUGAGAAUUGUGUUACAAUUCGCAGAUGCUGAGACAUUUCAUUUUGCCAGAUGUAGUUGCAAUAUAAAGAAAAGAAAAGAAGAAAACAGUUUUUAUUUCUCUCGUCCUGAGUAAAUAAAUAAUUAUAAAUGGAAAAGAAGAGAUAUAUAAGAGCAUUUUUGUAUAAAAGAAGAAAAGAAAUGAUUAAAAAAAAAACAUUGAACUGAACCGAGAAAUUAGAAGGUAGAAGAAAAAAAAUGGAAUUCUCAUGAUUGAUAACAAAAUGAUGAUAAAACAUUUACUAGAAACAAAAAAAAUAUAUAGUCGCUCAAGUGCAUUUUGGCGAAGGAGAAGAAUUUCCUUUCGCCUCUGCAGGAGGGCUUUUAAUAAAGUAAAAAAAAGUAUUGGGAGAAAGUGCGAGCAAAAUGUCGUGUUUUGAGAAGGAAAACAGAAUCCUUGAGACGCAACAAUUUGUCUCUGCGCAAUGAUCCUAUGAGAUAAGAAGCAAACUAUUUAAAAUAUACAAUGAAGUCGUACAUUUUUCUCGUGUAUUAUGAAUAUGAAAGAGAGAAAAAAGGAACAUUUACUGUGGAUUUGAUGAAUUUAGAGGAGAGAAAUUACAGAAAAAUCAUCAAAAUCACAGUAGAUUUCCUUUAAACGAAACAUUAAAUAAAAAUGCAAAUCACAUUCUUCAGGAUAAAUUUUGUGAAAAGGGAAGAAAAGUGUAAUAAAUGAAACCCAGAAACAUGUCAACAUGAGAUCAAAUAUUGUAGUCGCGUAUGAAUUAUCAUCUAAUGAUGUAAUAUUGGAAGUCUUAAAGAUUUGAUAUCCUUUGCCAGAUCAAAUGAUAACACGAGAUUUUGGUGAAAAAAAAAAAACAGAAUAUAAGAAACAAGAACCUUUGGUGAACGAGAGAAGACUGUGAGAGGAAAUUGUGUGCGCAUUGACUAAAAUGGCUUCAUUACGAAUAUUCAUUUUUGUACUGUGUAUAUGUAAUAAGGAUAUACUUGAAUUAAAUAUAAGUGAAAUGUUUAUAUUAACCUUUUUAGCUUUUCUUUCGCCACCCAAAAUCAAAUGUUUUUGCAGCAAAAGUGCUCCACCCGGUUGAUGUUCAAAAGCUUCUACUGGACUUUGCAGUGUCCGCCGCAGCGAGCGCUGAGCGCGCAAUAUAUGUCAAAAAAGUCGAGGUAAAAACUUCACACAGUCGAAUCCAGAGUGCAAAAGUAAAUAAUUGUGUUAUUUGAAAUACGUGUGCAAUUACACCAAAUGGUUGAGUUGUAGAUCGGAUUAGCGCCCGUCUCUCGCGAUGAAUACCCUCAAGGCGCCGUCUCUGCAGUCUCUGGAGUCGGAUCGAGGAUCGAGUGAUAGUCUCCUGGCGGAGUCCCUCGACUUUGACAUCGAAGAGCUGGACGAUGCGGAGUACUCCCUGCCAGCUGUGGAGACAAUGCCGACGCUGGAGAGUGUUCUGAACGAUCUGGACUUCGACGAUGGAUCCACCUCGGAUCUGGGCAUUCCCGUCACUCCGUCGCCCUCAAUUUGCAUCUCUAUGGACGAGCAGCCACGCAUCGGCUCCCUGUUGCGUCACGUCGUGCUGCAGGGCGUGACGACGCAAGUCUCCUCAGCAGCUGACCGUGUGGGAGCCGGUUUGGCAUCUUCAGUGGCUGUCCAGGACAUGAUUGCCGUCGGCACGUCUCACGGCCACGUUCUGGCCUUCGACAUCAAUCAGACUCUCCGCUGGUGCUGCCGGGAUCACACUGCCCAGGGCGCUGUGUCGUCUCUGGCCUUCAACGACACCUCCACUCGACUCCUCGCCGGCUACGCUCGCGGACACGUGGUGAUGAUCGACACAGCCUCGGGAGACACCAUUCGCUCCCUGCCCGACGUCAUCACGCCAAACGCAGGCGUCCUGCACCUCAAGUGGAUCGGCAAGGGUGCUCUGUGCUCCGACUCCGGCGGCUCCGUGUGGUCCUUCAACUUCACGCGCCGCCUGGGCAUCCGCGGAUGCGACUCGCGCUGCCUGUUCAGCGGCGCCCGCGGCGAGGUGUGCGCAGUGGAGCCACUGGUGGUGAAUGAGCUCGAUCAUCCGCUGAAGACCUUCACAAUAGUCGCCCUGGCCACGCUGUCCAAGUUCUUCGUGGUCACCAUUCGUCCAAGACUGAAGAUCAUCAAAUUCCAGCCGCUGGCCGGCCCGCCAGACUGCCUGCCACUGUUGGCGUGGCAAAUGGUGCUCAUCCAGGCGGCGGACGCCUCGAGGACAGUCGAUCCCGUGCUGGCGGCGGCGCGUGGCAACCAGCUGUUUUUCCACCAGGUCACUGUGUCCUCAGGACGCGUGUCUCUGCUGUUCCUGCGCCACAUCACACUCUCCUACAGCCUCCUGUCGCUGCACUGGCUGGGACCCAAGUCCAUCGCCGUGGUGGAUCGCUCGGAAGUGCUGCAUUUGAUGGACGUGCGAACGAGCAAAGAGCUGGAUUGCCUGGACAUGGUCUCGGCGGGCUUGGUGUACAACUCGGCGCAGUUCAAAGCACUGGCGACGGGAGGAAAUGUCUCUCCGGCUCUCGCCCUGGCCGGCUCAAUGGCGUGCUACAACUCCGUCGUGAGCCGUGGCAAUUUGCUGUACAUCCUGGGCGCACGGAGUCUGCAAGCGGUCAGCAUCAGAGCGUGGGUGGACAGAAUAUCACAUCUGGUGGCGAAUCAGAAGUGGGCAGAAGCCAUUGAUCUCUCCAUUGAGGGCUACAGAUCACUCCGCGAGCGCCCCAGGCGUCAGGCAGUGACGAAGAAGCGCAUUCUGCAGCUCAUGGAGGAAUACAUCGCGGGCACAAGUCGCAAUCCGGAACACUGCCUGGACGCCGUGAUGAAGUGUCUGAUAGAGAUUGGCGAGACUGACCUGCUGUGGGAGGAGUUGUGGGAUCGCCUGGUGAAUCACGACUACUUCCUCAGUCUUCUCACUGAGCACGUGGAGAGCGGAGAGAUCCAGAGAGUGUCUCCGUGCGUGGCUCAGAGCCUCUGCGACUACUGGCUCAGCAUCUCCACGCAGCGAUUGGAGGAGCUGAUUCUGCGCCUGGACUGGCAGUGCCUGGACCUCCAUCAAGUAUUAACCAUUGCGAAGAGGGAGAAGCUGUACCGGGCGCAGAUGCAUCUCAAUACCAAAGCCCUCGGCGACUACACCGUGUCACUGACUGAACUCAUUCCGCUCGUGAGCAGUGCGAAUCCCACUCUGGGCAACUAUCUGCUCGUGUACGUGUCCAGCUGUCUGGCGGGAAGAUACUAUCCCAGUGGCGACAUCGAUCCAUCCAUGGUGCUCACGGUGAAGCACGAGGUUCUUCGCUGUCUCACCACAAUCCACUCAAAUGGCGCAGAUGACUCAGAGCUGCCCUAUCCCUAUCUCCGGACACUCCUGAACUUCGACGUGCGCGAGACACUGAACGUCAUCUCACUGGCGUUCCAGGAGAAGGAGUUCUCCGGAGAACUUGGCGCCUCACAUCGCCAGAGAAUCGUCAACAUCCUCUUGGAGAUUGUGUCGCCUGAGCACUCGACAUCGCUGGAGAUUGGCUGUCUGUAUCACUUCAUCUCGCAGCAGAUCGCCUCUCACAGUCUGCCCGAGGAUGAGGCGAUGCUGGAGAGUGUGGUGAACUACCUGCGAAUGCGCCAGAGUGAGAACUCACGGCUGCACUUUGAGCGCGAGCAGGCGUGGCUGGAGCUCCUCAAUGCCAACUGCCUGAAUCACAUUCCACUCCACGAGAUGAUGCGAAUGGCUGAGCAGAGCCAUUGCUAUCGCGUCAUGGAGUAUCUCUACGAGCAGACGCAGAGAUUCGACGACAUCCUGCAGUGCUACUUGCAGGAUUCGGUCAGGCACGAGGAGAUGUUCACGUACAUCCGGAGAUUUGCCGGUGUGCCCAAUAGGAAGAUCCACCAUCAGAUUUACACCCACUUUCCGCAACUGCUGGACAUCAAUGCCGAGGAGAUUGUGCGCGUUGUGGUGGACAGUUUCGGAUCCACGGUGAAUUCGCUGAUAAAGCUGGUGAAUGGGAACAAGAGGCAAGUGUACGUGUUCCUGGACAAUCUCCUGAAAAACGGAUGGCCACUUGAGACGGAGGAUUGUGAGCACUUUAUCGCUCUGCUGUGUCAAUUCAAUCCCGAGAAUGUGAACGCCUUUCUGCUUUCCCACGACAAAUACCGUCUCGAUGUGGUGCUGGAGCUGGUCAAGGGUCAUCAGCUCAAUGAGGCGUGCAUGCUGAUCCACGAGAAGCAGGGUGACUUCCAGUCGGCCUUCAACAUUGCGCUGGAAUUGCUGAAAGAGGCGCCCGAGAGUGUCGCCGAGUCGUCAGCCAUGCAAGUGUCAGCGCUCUGUUCGCGCGCCUCUGAAGUGCUGCCGGAGAACGAGAGGGAGGAUUUGUGGUUCUGUCUGCUGCGCGUCAUUCUCACGCGGGCAGAUCUCACGUCCAUCACCAAGAACAUCCUCCAUGCGGCCGGAAACUACGUGGAUCUGUCCAAAUUGGUCCAAUUGGUGCUCACAUCUGGCACAAAGACGGGCAAUUUUGGCGACAUCAAGCACUUACUGCUGGGCAUGCUGUCCAAUUCCCAGUACGAGACCAUCCUGCUGCAGACGACUGCCCGCGUGCUGGGCACAGACCUCCACAAUCUGCUGGCCAAGGAGAAGCGCCUCGCCAGCCGUGGUCUCGCCGUGAAGUCCAUCAAGUGUGUCUCCUGUCGCCUGAGACUGCGAAGUCAGAAUCACGAUUCCGUGGUGAUCUUCGGGAGCUGUGGCCAUGCUGUGCACGAGGAGUGCCUGGUGGCCGUCAAGACGGACAACAGAGACGCCCUCCAGUGCCCUCGGUGCGGCUUGGCCGUGGCCAGAAGCGACAUGAUGCACACGGCGACGCCACAGCUGGACAUGCCACCAAAUUCACCACUCAAUGGCCAUUCGCACUCAUCCGCGGUGCUGCAAUUGAGCGCUCCGCCGCGGAUAGGCUUGCGAAAGAACAGUUUCUAGACAUG